AUGGCAGAAAUCGAGACUUCUGACGUAGAGGCGGAGGAACAACACCGAGAGGAUCAAGAAAUUACUGUUGACCCUGGGAUUGAGGACACAGAUUCUGCCUAUGGGGAUGAAUUAUCUAUCUAUACUGCGUCUGUAACAUCGAGUGUUACUGACUACCAAAAAAGAUACCAUGCGUAUAAGGAGGGACGCUAUCUCCUUCCCAAUGAUGAACAGGAGAAUGAUCGCCUUGAUAUGCAUCAUGCGCUUAUCCGUGCUACGCUGAAGGAGAAGCUAUAUCUGGCUCCCAUAAGAGAUGCUCCAGGUCGAGUAAUUGAUAUCUGCACCGGAACUGGUAUCUGGGCAAUCGAGUUUGCCGAUUUGUUUCCAUCUGCUGAAGUCCUCGGAAAUGACCUCAGCCCGAUUCAACCCAAACUGGUCCCCCCAAAUGUGAAGUUUCUAAUCGAUGAUGUCGAAGAUGAAUGGGGAUACGAGAAUGAGCCGUUUGAUUUCAUUCAUGCUCGUUACCUCACUAGGGCCAUUAAAAAUAUGCCGCGACUAUUGGAACAAUGCUACUCCUGCCUUAAACCGGGAGGAUGGGUUGAAUUCCAAGAUUGGGAUGCAAUGAUGCAAUCUGCGGACGGUACAGGGAAAGGCAGCUACAUUGAGCAGUAUAUGACCAGAACGCUUGCUGCAUUUGAGAAAGCUGGCUACAUCAUACGACCAGGCAUAUUUCUAGAGAAAUGGUUGAAGGAUGCAGGAUUUGUUAAUGUCAAGGUUACCAAGUUUAUUGUCCCCCUUGGAACAUGGGCUAAGGAUAAGCAUUACAAACGACUUGGUGCAUAUAACCUUCUCCAGUUUGAGCAGACCCUGGAAGGGAGCGCGAUGGCUGCAUUAACACGCAUCGAAAACUGGACCAAGGAAGAAGUCAACUUUCUUAUCGCAAAGACAAAGAACGAUGCAAGAAACCCGAAGAUCCAUUCUGAAUUUCAUUUCUACGUUGUGUAUGGGCAGAAACCGGAGUAA